GUCUGCCUUAUCCUUGGAAGGGUGAAGCCUCCAUUGCUUUCACAUCUUCUUCCUUACUCUGACGUGCCAGCAGCUUCCAGUCUUCAAGCAAGCGGUAAUCGCCAAACAGAUUGAACGCAGAGUCACAAUUCACAAAUAAGGGAUUCUUCAAUUUUAAUCUCACUUUCCUUCUAAUCAAAUCCACACAUUCUAAUUGCUUCUGCGGCGGCAGCACCACUGCGCAGCCAUGCCCCUGUUCAAAACUCCGUUCAACGGUUACUCCGUCAAGUUCAGUCCUUUCUACGAGAACCGCGUCGCCGUCGCCACCGCCCAGAACUUCGGCAUCCUCGGAAAUGGUCGCAUUCACGUCCUUGACCUCUCGCCAAAUCCCGGCAUGCCCAUCUCUGAGAUGGCAGCCUACGACACAGCUGACGGCGUGUACGACGUUGCUUGGUCGGAAUCUCACGAUUCGCUCCUCGUUGCUGCCAUAGCCGAUGGUUCCGUCAAGCUCUAUGACCUCGCUCUCCCACCUACAUCCAAUCCCAUUCGUUCCUUUCACGAGCAUACACGAGAAGUCCACUCCGCCGAUUACAAUCCAGUGCGACGCGAUUCCUUCUUGACUUCGUCUUGGGACGAUACUGUUAAGCUCUGGACUAUGGAUCGACCUACUAGUGUAAGAACCUUCAAAGAGCACGCUUACUGUGUCUAUUCCUCGGUUUGGAACCCUCGACACAGUGAUGUUUUUGCUUCUGCUUCUGGGGAUUGUACGGUGCGGAUCUGGGAUGUGCGGGAACCAGGUUCGACCAUGAUACUUCCGGCUCACGAAUUCGAGAUUCUGGCUUGUGAUUGGAACAAGUAUGAUGAUUGUAUUCUGGCGACGGCUUCGGUGGAUAAAUCAAUCAAGGUGUGGGAUGUCAGGAACUCCCGUGUUCCGAUUACGGUGCUGAAUGGGCAUGGCUAUGCGGUGAGGAGAAUAAAGUUCUCGCCUCAUAUGCGGAAUUUGAUGGUUUCUUGUUCGUAUGACAUGACAGUGUGCAUGUGGGAUUUCAUGGUGGAGGAUGCACUUGUGAGUAGAUAUGAUCAUCAUACUGAGUUUGCCGUUGGUGUGGAUAUGAGCGUGCUUGUUGAGGGGCUUAUGGCGAGUACAGGAUGGGAUGAGCUUGUUUAUGUGUGGCAGCAUGGAACAGACCCGAGAGCGCCUUGAAGGGAAGCAUUCUUUCGUUUUGUUUAGUUUAGUUCCAUUUUCUUUUCUACUACCUGAUUUUCAUUUCUCAUGUUAGAGUUUCAUAGUUGUGAAAUUUUAGUACACACUUUGGCAUUAAAGUGGGUCUCAUCUUAUGUUGUUUCUGUUCUUAAGAGGAACAAGCAUGCUUCCCUUUCGCUGGUCAUGAGGAAUGAUAUAUGUUGAGUAAUGUCUUGUAUCUUAAUCUAUGUACCUUCGGCGUACUUGCUGCCUUCCUUCAAUGAAAGGAAUAAUUAAGUUGCUACAAUUGUUUUGUACAGAACUACUUAUAAUUGAAUAAUAGGCUUUAUAAGUUUUAACUUUUAUCAGGUUUACUCACAAUUUCAUUAUUGUUCUGAUCUAGCUUAUAAGAGUAAAAUGUUCAGAAGCUCUUUGUCCUAUGUUCACUAGCUAAUGCUGCUGAAAGCUCAUAUCAACUAAAUUGUUGAUGACUAACUGCUGAUGCUGAAUCUAAAUUUUUUUAUUAUCACUGACUUAUUUCAAAUUUGGAGCCGAACCAUUUUCACAUCAUGGCCACUUGGUACAGAAUAAUUGCUGCGUGCUUGUAAGUAAGCCGUGUAGCUUUAUUCUUCAGGAAUUAGUGAAUAGGUAGAUCUUCUAAGUUAAUAUCCUUAUACUUGGCCCUAGAACAGUUUUAACGUGAGGCAUUUUAUACCAUCAUUAAAAGGAUAGAGAAAUUUGUUAUGCACGCUCGUGCAUAAUCUGCCCCUAGGGAGAUUUUUUACACCAUGCCAUCUGCCAUGGAAUAUCAAUUCUUACCUUUUUUCAUGCCGGGUAAAUGUUAAUUAUGUAGAAUAAACAAGAACAAUAAUAUCCUCCUAAAUUAAAACCGUUUCCUACCUCAAUAGGAUGGAAAUUUGGUAUUUUCUUGUUUAGGUUUGACUAAAUUCUCUAAUUUACCCUCUACCUCAAUACGCCUACCUGCUAUUUUUCUAAUUGGAGAAGGGAGUUCUCUCUCUGAAAUCGAUUUCCUUGUGUUUGAUUUUAUUGGUUAAUUUAGGUGCGGGAGCUUUAGCAUACAAGCAUUGGGUAGUUGUAAAUGUCACAUAUGUAUUAUGUCCCACAUUGGGUGGCCUUCCUGACUUAAGAUAGCAUUUAUACCGAUUGGGUUUGGGUUUCCUCUUUUCAAGUGCUAACAUGGUGCUUUUAGAGCCAACCAUAGAGAAAGUGAUCAAUGAAGAAUAUAGAGUUGUAAAUGCCGGCUCUGGAAGGUUUAUUGUCUAAUUUUUACCUCCAAAUCAUUUCUAUUUUGCAACUUGUUAAAAAGAUGCAGUGGGAACAGGUUUUAAUUUGUUGGAGUCCAAGACGAACUUGAUUCUUUUCACCUGAUUUGUAGCUAGCUUUAAAUUUCUCCCCGUUCUUAAAUUGUCCCACAUAUGGUAAAGCUUAGAUGUUGGGAAGAUCCUAUUACCCUCUGACCUUAAUGCCGGCAGCCAUGGAAGGCACCUUAAAGCUAAGCACAGACAAAUGUUGACCUUGCUAAAAUAAGAAAGCAACAUUGAGAAAUAUAUAUAUUGUGAGAGAUUUUUGCAAGGCAGUGAGCAUGAUCUUAUUCCAACAAAAUAAAGUUUUUGUUUGGAAAUUCCAUUCUUCCUGUGUCGUUCCUUCAUUUCCUCUUUCCAUCUAUCUUUAAUCUCAACCUCUCACUUCAAGAAUCAUUGUGAGUGCCACCGCAAGAGUUUCCCUUGCCAUCGGUUGUCUUUUUCCAGUUAGCCUCCUUUCUUGCUUUCUCUGUUCUGUCUCUGUGAUAAUUCUACUGGUUGAUUUUCAGUUUAACUGUUACAGAAGUAAAGCAAAGUGAGAGACUACUGUUCCAAAAUAUGUAUUUAGGCUGAAAUUGCAUGAAUAGUAAUUGAAUUCUACUAUCCUUCUUGUCAACGACAAUGGUCUUUGUCUAGAGUGUUGAUUUAUCCUAUUCAUCUUUCUUAGUAUUGUAUUCAGUUCAUAAUUUGUCUUGCUGUUUCUGUGACCUGAACGUUAACUAAAUUUAUCAGUCGUCGAUGCCACAGUGAAAUCCCAUUUUAACACAAUAAAGCAAGUGGAAAAUGACAAUGACAUCAUGACUGUUCUGUUCUGUAUGCUAUAUUACCAAAUCUAAAUCUUUUCUUUAACAUACUUUAUGGCUGUUCUGGGUGCCACAUUGCUAAAUCUAAAUCUUUUCUUUGCUAUAUUUUAUAGUUGCUCUGUUUCAAGAGGGGUAGAGGAAGGCCUAAGAGAACACUCUUAGAAGUUGUUGAACGCGAUCUCUUAAUUAAUAAUAUUCCUAAAAGCUUGAUAAAUGAUAGAGCACAAUGGCGUCUUGCAAUCCAUGUAGCCGACCCCACCUAGUGGGAUAAAGGCUUGUUGUUGUUGUUGUUGUUGUUGCUCUGUUUUCAGUCAGAGUUAGAGCUACUGAGUAGGAUGUUGUUAAUUGUUGGUUAAUGCUACUACGAUGUUUAUUAGUAAGAUUGUAAGAAAGAAAUGAUAGUUAAUUUAAUAACUAUCAUUUUUUUCUUAUAAAUAAUAUCAGAGUAUUACUUUUGGUUGAUGAUACUUCCAUGGUAGUCCCUGAAGUAAGUGAAAAAGGCAUGUGUCCAACAAUGAGAUGGGUCUGAACUGUUACUACAUCAUAGGUUUUACUUUAGUUCCGAGGAUCAGAAAUGUAAUUAGAAUCGCUAUGAAUAGAACUGAUCUAGGUGCUGAUUGGUUCUGGCAUUUUUUUUUUUCAGGAACAUAACUAUGUUUAGUCUUGCCGUGAUCCAGUCCUAUAUGAAGAACAAGGAAUUUGGAUAAAGUUCAUUUGAAUUCCAAAAUUAUUAUUCACUUCAGGGAAACUAUAUUAGUCUCUGGUUUUACAAUGGCAGUGUUGGUAAAUUUUUAUCACUUUCAUUUGCAUCAGAGGUCCUGGUUUCUGUUGCUACAUUGAUCAAGUUGGUGCCAUCA